AUGGGUAACGAGCAGAGUCAAGAAUCCGGCGCCCCGCCCCAGCCAGAGGAAGCAGAACAAACCGACCUCUCAGAUAUUCCGGACGAUCGAGAACCAGAUGAAGUCGGAGACACAACAAUAACGGCGCCGCCCGUCGAAGUGCCAAAGCUUGCGAAAGAGAAGACGCAGAAGAAGAAAAAGAGGAAGAAGAAAAGGGGACGGAUAUCAGCAGAACGAGAUUCUAGCGAGGAAAUACCCGUCCUGAGCCAGGUCGUACCCACGCCAGAGCAGAUAGAGUUGUUGCGAAAACGAGAGCCCGAGGCAUUCGAUGUCUAUGCCACUUCGGAUGUUAGUGACGGGGAAGGAGGCGCGACAGAAACGCCACCGGGGCCGCAUGACUCGGUCUCUGGUGACGCGGACGAUGAGGAAGCAACUGAAGAAAGUCCUCCAGCCGCCGAAAACGAGGAAGCUAUUGAGGAAAGUCCAGUCGAGGCCGAUGAUGGGGAAGCUAUCGAGGAAAUUCCACUUGGCGCCGAUGACGAGGAGGCCAUUGCAGACACUGGUCUGAAUCCCAAUACACCAGCUCCAGGUCCCACGAAUGCGUCAGUCCCGGAGCCCGAUUGCGAUGACGAAGGCCGAUUCCUAUGUCCAUUCGCCAAGAAUUACGAUUGCAGAGAGACCUUCGCAAAGAGGAAAACAGCAAUUCGCCAUGCUUCGAUUCAUACGCAGAGCUAUGCCUGCCUCGUAUGCGACCAAAAGCUGAGCCGAGCAGACACACUUAAAAGACACAUGGCUAAGCAUACUGCCGUGGAAUUGGCCCUUGCUGAAGCUCGUGUGGGCCAUGGGCAGGACGCAGACGAAGAUGGGUCGCUGAGUAACACAAAUGUGCCGGAAAACGAUAUGCUUGAAGACGAGCAAGAGAUGAGCAGAGCCUCUGACGCUGAUGCAGUUUCCGAAACUCAGUCACCCACGCCUUCUAGCGUCUUCGAGGAGCCCGAAGAGAAACCUGCUGACCUCGAGACUGCUCGCGCCAAUGGACUGAAACGUAAACGCACUUCGCUGGAGACUGCGCAGGUCGCAACGCCGACAUUGCAGAAGCCCACGAAGCGGAGAAAACGCAUCCAAAACUCUCCUCCGACUUCUGCUCAAUCUGAAGUCACAAGAUCGGAGUCUCCGGCAAUCGCAACUACUAUCAAGAAGACAGCGCUUAGUGGGCAGAUCACGGACAAGAUAGUCCCCACGCUCCGAAAAGGUCGACAGGGUACUAUCGAUGGGUGGGCCCGGUCGAAUUCUGUUACCAGUCAAAGCCCAGCCCCUCCUGCCCAAAACUCACAUGUCGAAGUCGUUGUCCCACUCAGCCAAGCUGGUCCCUCCGGGGGCUUCACCAGUGUGAAUGGGAACACGACGAAAAAGGCCUCCCAGACGUUGAGCAAGAAGGAGACUCGCCCGAGUGGAUUGGAUGCCUUUGCUCUCAAGAAGGCUCGACGUGCUGCUUACACCACGCCGAAAGGCAAGAAGCGAGCAGACCCUGAUGUUGACUAUUCGACGCCUGCGACUAUUCGACGUGCUGGAAACAACGAAGUGGACGGCUCUGAUGCAGAACCCUCACAGAUGGCCACUUCCAUCGCCAAGAAAACGUUUCCCAGCAGCCAAGUUCGACGUGCAGGGGCCGAAGACGAAGAUGCUGACUCCGACUUUGACGAUGCUGACAACAGCUCUCGGUCUAAGCCGCGACAGCACUAUCCUAAUGUGCACUCAAAAUUGUACAGGUGCGAUGAUUGUACGGAGCGGUUCUGGAACACCCGCCUCCUCACCAGGCACGAAAAGGAUACUGGACAUGGCAAGGAGGAUCUCUCUCAAGGCCGUACUGGACCAUUCAGUGGAAAGGAAGUGAGAGCACUCCAAAACUGGAGGGACACUUUCUGUGGAGACCAUAAUAUCACCACUGAACAGUUCAAUGACAUGAUGACUGAUUCAUUGAAUCGUAUCAACUCGACAGCAUGGCCCUGGCACUUCAUCACCCGAGUACAGUUCCUCAAAGAGUAUGUUGAAGUACUUCCGGGGCGGAACAAGCGGUCCAUGUUACGAUAUCGGGAGCGCAACUUCCAGAACCUGGAGGGUUCACGAAAUUGGACACAAGAGGAUGACAAGGAGUUGACCCGGCUGUACAAGCAAUUCGGGCCAAAAUGGUCAGAGAUUGCAAAACGUCUCACAAGAACGACGGAUGCAGUCAGUCAGCGAUGGCGACACAAAUUACAACACCGCGACGUCGACAAGGGCCAAUGGACUGAGGACGAGAUCGCCAAGUUCAGCAAUGCACUCGUGCAGGUUCGCAGAGAAUUCGGCCCUGUUGCAGAUUCGCAGGACUGGCAGGUCCCCUGGAGCAAAAUCAGCCAGAAGGUCGGGACAAGAACCCCGCAGCAAUGUUCCAACCAUUAUCGAGCUGUUCAUGGCAUGAAGCAAGGGGGACGAUGGGUGAAAGUCGAAGGACUCGAAAAGACGCCCGGGUCAAGCAGAAUCCUGACGCCGUCGAAGAUGGAACGUCGACUAAGGGGCGACAAAAUCGAGUCAAGUCUCCGCAACCCGAUCUCUCCAGAGAUCAUUCAAAGUGAGGAUGAAGACGACGAUCAGGACGAAGAUACAGCUGCUGAGAAUGAAAAUAAACAAGAUACUGAUGAAGAGCAAGACGGACAGGACGAAGACGACCAAGAAAAUGUUGAAGACCCAGAUGAAGAGGAUGAGGGAUCACCAGAAUCAGCAUCUCGUCUACCACGCAACCCUCUGAACCACAAGACUCCCAAGGGUGCUCUACAACUAAGUCAAUUGUUCAACCGCACGCAAGCCAACACCUCGGCUUUGGGACGAUCUCCGGAAACCAUCAGACAAGCCCCGAGUCAGGAUGUACCUUCACCAAGUAUCCCCAUCCAACGGCGUGCUUUGUCUCAACGGUCGCCGCUCCAGGAGAUCAAAGUUAAAGAGAACGGUGAACUUGUUAUGGAAGACGACGAAGACCAAGAUGGGGACGAGGAUGAAAAUGAGGAAGCUACCGGCGGACCUGAAGGUGCUGACGCUAAUGCAAGAGGCGCUGUCACAGACCAAGAUGACUAUAUACCGCUUGAUCAGGGCGCCGUUGAGUCUGAUGCCGGUUCCGACGAGAACGAAGACGAUGACAGGGAAGAGGGUAAUGACGAUGCUGCAAGUAAUAAUUUUCUCAACAGCAUUGAAGAGUCGGCGCAGCGGGUGCGGAGUAGCCAGCUCCAGCCUCGCUUCGUGCAGAGUUCAGCGCGGUCAAGUCGGAGGAAGGGGUGGAGUUUGAGUCCGAGUGAGAGCAGUGACGAGAGUGAAGAUGAACAGUAG